AUGUCGAGGCGAGACCGGCCAAUAGUCGCGUCUGUGGAAGACGCCGACGAGUCUGGGAACCCGAUUGAGGAAUCCGCCCGCUACGCAUCCUCGGUUGCCCCAAGCAGUCCGGCUAAGGAACAGCCAAACACUGGCCGAGCGCGAAACAGACCCAGGAAAGGUUCUUCGUCGCCGAUAACCACCAGCGUUCUUACAGACUCCGAUACGACGGUGCAUCCGCGGAGACACUCACUCAAAAAAUCCAGCAAGGACCGAGACAGGUCGGUUUCAAGCAAAAAGGCCCUCAUGCCUGCCUCACGACCCCCAGUCAAGCACGCCAAGACGACCUCGAGCAUACCUCAUACCAGGAGGGACGUGGAGGCGACCUACUAUGGCGUUGACCCUACCAUAACCCCAGCAACCUCCCGCCCCCCGCCCCAUUCAAGGCCAUCGAGCUAUUACGGCGCGCCGCCGAGGCCACCACCGUCAAACUCUCGAUUCUACGCAAGUCAAACACCCGGGCCUCCUUUGCCCACCUCCUUCCCCCCUCCUCAUCAAUGGAUGGGACCGCCGGGGCCAAGGCCGGGACCAGGCGGCAUGCCAGCACCGUUUGGCCCGCCAUCAACGGCGCCUUUGGUUAUGCACCACCCACCUCCUCAUCCGCCAUUCGAUUACCCUCAAACGCGUCCGCUUGAAUCUCGCUUUGGGUCCGCCCGGCCGCAGUCCGCGAUGGGCUUUCGGCAACCCCGCGCCAUCGAGUACGACGAGUAUGAAGAGCCGGUGGAACGGUCCCUCACGCGACGCCCUUCGACAACGUCUCGAAAAGUUUCCAAGAACGACGAGGACAGGAAGGCAAUGCCGCCUCCACGCCGACCCGCCUCUGCUCGCCCAACCGCCCUCGCGUUCCGGCCGCCACCAUCUACGCCGGCCAGGCGAAAGGUUGACCUGGAUGAUUAUGAUCUUGACCCUGAAGAUCACCUCUUCGACGUAUCGCCGUUUGCGCCAGGGAGCUACGAGCACAUCAGCCCUUUUCAACCGCGGGGGCCCAGCUUCGGUCCAGAUAACGGAUAUGACCAUGAUUACCACACCGAAGUGGCUGGGAAGAGCCUUCGGCGUAACUCUUACUACGGUGGGAAUUCGGGCUCUUCUGGAAGUGCCUAUGAGGACAAGAUCCGGCAGGCCACCCGAUAUCAGGAUGACCAUGGAGGUGGGCCGCAAAUGCCAUUGACGGCUGAGACGCUGCGAAAGGCGGGCAGAAGUGGUGCGAGCAGCAGGUCCACGAGGAGCUCGGGAAGCCACGACGAGAGCGAAUACAGACAGUCUGCAACCACCCGUACCACGAGAUCGACGGCGCCCAACGACGAGGAUGUCACGAUCCGGGUGAAGGGCAGCACGGUGCUCAAGUUUGGCAACACAGAGAUGCAGUGUCAAGACGGAGCCGAAAUCAACAUCAUCGCGAGGGGUGGCAACGCCGAGAUCCGCGCCACGGGCAGCGACAGGUCCAGCUACAUUGAUCCCGCUGAGGAUCGUCGUACCAGGGUCGACAUACCGCAUUCGCGGGCGCGCGCGGCCUCGCGGGCCAAGUCUCGCCCAAGGUCGUACUCUGCACGCAACUUCUCGAAGUACGACGUUGCUUCACAGUACGACGCUGGUCUGGAUUACGACGCGUUCACCACCUAUGGUCCCCCGCCGCUGCCACCAGCCUACCCCGAGUUCCCCUCGUCGUAUUCGUCGCGACAUGGUGACGGGUUUUUUGGCUCUCCGUUCUAA